GGCGUUGAUGUGACAAGAUGGCGUUGAUGUGACAAGAUGGCCGAAGGUUAAAGCUAGAGCUUGUCGGAGAUUUAUUCUCUGUUGUUAUUUGAAUCCACGUUUUAUAUAUCAUUGUACAGUAAAAGAAAAUGUCAACGCGAUGGUAUCCAUUGUAUCAAAGAGGCAAUCCUCAAUUAAGAGUAUUUUUACCAAACUUCUGGAUGAAACUAAUUGCGCCUGGAAGCAAGCAGCUUCCAAAUGUGGUGCAAUUCCAUUGCUCGAUGGAGAUGACUAAAUACGACAUAAAGAAUUACUUGGAAAAGAUUUACAAUAUUGAUAUUGUUGAUGUGAGAACGAGAAUAGCAAUGGGAAAGACGAAGAAGGAUCGGCUGCAGGGCUGCAUUAUUAAAGAGGAUGACAGAAAAAUAGCUUAUGUUGUACUGCCAAAAGACCAAUCCUUUGUGUUUCCCGACCUAUUCAAGGAUAGAAAAAGUGAAUUAGAUGAGAAAACUAUGAAUGAAUCUAAACAAGAUUUGCAGGAAUUUGUGAAAGUUAAUAAAGCACCUGGAUUGCCUGGUUGGUUUAGAAUUUAGUGUACAUAUAUAUACAUAUUGCAAUAUUUAAGGAUUUAUAACCAAUAAACUGUAUUUAUUAAUAUUCCUAUAACUCUUAAUUAUUAGAAUCUUUAAAUUAAUGAUGAUAGAUACAAUUUUUGCAUUACUUCUCGCUCAUAGAACCUUGUUAGUGUCAAUAAUUCUUAAUUAUUUUUAAUGUACUAUUAAUGAUAUGUUAGCUAAUAUAAUUUGUUGUUAUAUUUUU